AUGCCUACUGUUGAUCCCAAACCAAAUCAUCGACCUUUUCGUCGAGUACUCUAUCGUGAAGAUUCAAAAGAUUCAACUGUCAUUAAAGAUGUAUCACCUAGAAAUAAUGGACAUUUAAUAACUAAGCCGAAGCUGCAUAGUAAAGGAGAAAAUCCUAAAGUAAGAAUGACAAAUGCCAGUAGAACACUAUUAAUGAGAGAAGGUGCACUUUAUAAAUCACCACUUGAACAAAUCAAAUAUGUUAAACGUGUUCGAAAUAAUCGAAUGGCACGUUAUUUAUUUGUUAUGCAACAAUAUAAUACUUCAAGCAUGGCUAUCCAUCAUCGUCGUGGAAAUAAUAGUUUACUGUAA